AUGUACAAGAAACAAUUAGAGUCAAUUUUCCUUCAAUGUCUUCUUGGUUAUUUUCCUAAAGAAAUAUCUCUUAUUGAUUUUAUUUGUGUCUCAAAGAGAACAUAUCAAAGUGUUGUUAACUAUAAAUUAGAAUAUAGAUGGUUUAAUCAAUUAUCAGAAAAACAAAAACUUCUUUUUAGUGGGAUAAAAGAGAAAGUUAUUGAUAUAUCAAAAUUAAAUGAAAAUGAUAUUAAAUAUUCUACACUUAUUUUAAAUUGUGAAGAUUCAUCAAAGAAGAUAAGAGAGCCUUUUGCUUCUCAUGUAUCUGAAAUUUAUAUUACAUCAAUUUCACAAAUUAAUUUUAAUGAGCUUCCAUUACUUUCAAGAGUUAAUAUACUUCUUUCUUAUUCAGUACCAAAAAAUUUAAAAAAGGUAUCAUUACCUAAACACAUAUUAUUUGUUAUUCAUGCUAAAAAAUUUAAACCAAUUUAUGAACUUGUUAAAUCAAAUCCACAAACUACAUUUAUUGGUUAUGUUUUUGAAAUUUCAGAAAAUGAUAUUACACUCAUGAACGAAUUAUCAAAUAUUAAAAUUUUGUUUCAGCAUUGGGAAUCAUUAUUUCCAUGGCCUAGUCUUGAUGUAUCACGAUUCAUUUAUACUGGAACUAAAUUCUAUUUAGAAGAUAAUAUUCCUGAGUCUUUCAUCAAAUUUAUUAUUAAACGUGGGUUAAUUGAAGCAUUCAUACGUAGAAAAGGAGGCUCUUCAAAAGUAUUUCUUGAUUUACAAAGAUCAAUAUUAGAAGGUAUAGACAUAGAUAAUGUUGGAUCCCCUUUAAUGGUAUAUGUUCCAAAAUCACUUGAAAUAAUUUCUUCAGAAUCACUAAUAAAUAUUGAUAUUCAAGGGAUGAGAUUAUGCACUCAUAUGACUUCUUUAAAUUUAACUCAUUUAAAAACUACAAAUUUUCCUACAUCUAUUCAAAGUUUAGAAUUAAGGAUGAAUACUGACAUUGAGGAGUUAAAUCUUAGAGAGUUUAGACAACUUAAAGAUGUGACUCUAGAUAGUUAUAAGAAAUUAGUUAUAUUAAAAUUACCACAAUUAACAUUAAAUUCACUUAAUUUAACAAAUUGUCAAAGACUAAAGAGUAUAGACGGUAAUAAGAUAUAUUCUGUAUCAGUUUGCCAAUGUCAACAACUAAAAGAAUUUAAAGUUAGUUAUUCUAAACUUUUUCUCAGUUCAUUCUCUAAACCAAUAAAAUUCGUUAUUUCUACUCAAGUACAGAAUUUAAUUCUAGAGAAUGUAAUUGAAUUGUUUUCUCGUCAAGUUCCUUUCAAAUUACAAAAGCUUGAAUUAAAGUCAGAACCAAGUGAAGAACUAAUUUGUUCAUUAAUGAAAUUAGAAGUUAAUACUUUAGUUUUAUCAAAUUAUCAUUAUGGACUAGAACAAUUAAAAGUUAAUCAAGUUAUAUCUGUUUCAGAUGGUGUUGAUAAUUUUAAUUUCAAAUAUCCAUCUGAAGUAAUUAUUUCACCUCAUCAUUCUAUAGAAUUAGAAACUAUCUCUAUUGGAAAAGAAUCAGCUGUUCAACUACUUGUAAUAAACAAAACCAUAAUAGAAGAACUGAUUCUAAAUGAUUCUCAUGUACGUUGUUUACGUCUUGAAUCAAGUACUAUUGUUCAUUUUAUUCAACCACCAAUGCUUGAAAAAAUAGUUAAGUUAAAUUCAACAAUUGUUAAUGGAGGAAGUCUUGAAGGGAUUGUUCAAGAAAUUUGUGAAGACAACGACCAAAAGAAAGAAGAGUCAAGUGAUUCAUCUA